UCCAAUACCCUCCUCUGUCCUCCUCACCUGUUUGUUUGGCUCUUUCUUCUCUGGACUCCUGGACGACUCUGCUCCUACAUCAACAAAAGGCAGGCUGCCCUUCUCCUCUUUGUAAAAAUUUUCAAGGGCUGUUAGGUCUGUCUGUCUGUGAUCUAUCUCUCUCCAGACUGCAGAGACCAAAUAAGCUUAAAGCUUCUUAAAGGCUAAAGGCGGUAAUUGUGGGGUGUCCGUCGUAGAGUAAAAGAGCUUGUUUGUUCCUUCUCAUAUUAUCGUUAAUGGAGGAGACUGACUGACUGAUUGGGGUUGAUGAUCGAAAGAGUCCACCAACUUGCAAACUCAAUCCAAAGUCGCUGGCUUUUAUGUUAACUGAAAAUACAACAACGCUUGACCAAUCACUCACCCUUCCUUUAACAGACGAGCAGAUAUAGCGAGUCUUAGGAUAUGGGAUGCCUGGUCUCAACACCGAAAGAUACACUAGGAAAUAGGAGGAGGCCGGCAAACAUUGGGGAAGUUUCUGUCUAUGUUCCCGGUUUGCGAAUCCCUAAACCUGUUGAUUUCUCUCAUUCACUUGGUGAUCACUUGUCCAAAAGUUUAGUGGAACGCCUAUCUGCUUUAAGGACUCACAUAGUUGUAAUGGCUGCCCAAGAAGGUCCAACAAUUACCAGAACGAGGAGAAGAGCUGCUACUCAACAUGGUGGUUCAACAUUGGCCGAUCUUCAGCAGGCUCUCGAGGAUUAUUUGCCUGUCCUUUUGGGAUUAAUGAAAGAUGGAAGCCAGCUACACCACAAGGUUCAAUUUUUGUGGGUAAAUCAUGAGGAUGAUGCAGAGGAAACAGCUAUGUCUAAUGCAUGGUACGAGGUGCUGUCGAUUUUGCACUUAAUGGCAAUGCUAUCAUUAUCACAAGCUAACUUGUUACUUCUUCCAAGAACAUCUGCUGAUGGUUAUCAGCCAAAAGUAACAGAAGAGAGUAGACGAGCUUCCAUUGAUAUUUUCCUGAAGGCAGCAGGAUACCUUGAUUGUGCCGUCCGACAUGUUCUUCCACAGUUGCCUAAUGAGCUCAAGAGAAAUCUGCCAAUUGACUUAGCAGAAGGAGUUCUUCGAGCGCUUUGCCUACAAGCAUUAGGACAGGGUGUUGAUAUUCAACUUGGAAUGGCAAUAGAUAGCACAAAAGCUACACUUGCAGUGAAGCGAAGGCUUGCAUGUGAAAUGGUGAAGUAUUGGCAACAGGCUCAAGAUAACAUUAUGAACCUUCCAUUAUUAAAUGGUUGGGGUGAAAAGCAUCGGCUCUUUGUGAAGUGGAAAUAUGUUGAGGCAAAGGCUGCUGCAUAUUACUAUCAUGGUUUGAUCCUUGAUGAGGGUAACACAGAAAAAUUUCAUGGGAUGGCUGUAGCUGCUUUGCAAGCAGCAGAUGAGUAUUUCAAAGAAAGUAAGAAGGCAUGCGAAGCAUUUAAUGCUGCUCCCCCUUUGUCGAGAAAUCCACCGCUCUGGGGAACCAUGAAGUAUCUAUCUGAGAAAAUUCCAAAAGAUGCUUCAAGCAAAGUGCGGAUAAACCGUGAUCUGUACUCACACGAGAAAAUCAUGGAGACAGCACCAACAUUGCCCGAUUUUGCAUUGGCCUUGAAACCGGAUGAAUUCCAACUUCCUCCAGUAGACCCCUCUUGGAACAUGGAGCACAUGAAUAAGGGCUCCAACCAGCUCAGCAGGAAUGACAGAAUAUAAGCAAUAUCAUUGUUCUAAAAAUCCCAGCCUAGAGCCUCUUAGGCCCCGCCUAGGUGCUAGGCGGUUGAUCACCGUCCCGAUUAAUGCCAAGGCAUUUGAAAAUUAAGAAAGGGCCCAUAGACCUACUGAGGUGCCCGCCCAGACCGCCUAGGCACCCGCCCAGACCCGCCUAUGCAUUGUCUCAUUUAGGCAGAAAAUAGAUAACUUUCAUUUUGCAUUUUAUUUUAUUUUUUCAAUAAAUUGUAAGGGACUUGUUGAAUACUUAAAUGAGCACACAUUAUAUGCU